AACGCAAGUUGCAUUGUCAUAACAGAGUCGGAGCAGCGGUAAUAGUUUCCGUAAAAAUGCAUCAAACUCCAACAACCAUCGUCGUCGGUUGCGACUCAACAAAAAAAUCAAUCAAAAGUUGAAAACACACAAAGCUUAGCUACAAGCAGCUCCUACGUUCCGAUCAGAUCCAACCACGCCCCACUUCUCUCCCUCCUCGUAGGUCAAACUUCAAGUGAUUCCAGAGAAACCUCAUUUCAUAUUUUCACCAAAAACUGAGGUUUAUACCUUCUUUGAAUUCACUUCAUCUGCUGGGACAUAUAGAGAGAGUUGAAGACUGUAUCAUUAGAACAUAUCUGUAUAUAUAGUGAGUGCCCACUGGGUCAAAGAUAAAAUUUUCGAAGUCCCUGUUGGGUGAUUAAAGGCUGUGUGUACUAGAUCGCAUGCUCUGUCAGAGUUGUCUGUGAAUGGGAGCCACAAAGGUUGGCUGUUGAGUUUAAGAUUAUUGAUGGAGCAAAGAAAACAGCUACGCGGUAGUAGCACCGUCGAGGUUAUAUCCAGUCAGGGAGAUGUAGACAGAGAAGAGGUUUUAGAGCCUUUUGAUAUUGAAAAUGAAUCCAGGAAGGAGUCCAGCAGUUUUGAUGUUGGUUACAGUUCCGGUGAUAGCCUCGAAACGUUGCCUAAAGCCUCAACAGAGGCCAUCUCUCCCGCUGACAUUCUGAAAACACUCUUCUUUAUACUUGUAUGGUAUACUUUCAGCACAUUUUUGACUCUGUACAACAAAACUCUCUUAGGAGAUGAUUUGGGGAAAUUUCCUGCUCCCUUGUUAAUGAAUACCAUUCACUUUUCUAUUCAAGCGGUUUUAUCAAAGAUGAUAACUUGGUAUUGGUCGGGAAGAUUUCAACCUGAUGUUGCCAUAUCAUGGAGAGACUAUUUCCUUAGAGUUGUACCAACAGCACUUGCAACUGCUUUGGAUAUAAAUCUGAGUAAUGAGUCACUGGUCUUCAUAUCGGUUACUUUUGCAACAAUGUGCAAAUCUGCAGCCCCAAUAUUUCUUCUUCUGUUUGCUUUUGCCUUCAGGUUGGAGUCUCCAAGCCUGAAGCUUUUUGGCAUUAUUUCAGUUAUCUCAGCAGGAGUGCUGUUAUCAGUUGCAAAGGAGACAGAGUUUGAGUUUUGGGGUUUCGUUUUUGUCAUGCUCGCUGCUGUCAUGUCCGGUUUCCGUUGGUGUAUGACCCAAGUUCUUUUGCAGAAAGAAACCUAUGGCCUGAAAAAUCCCUUCACAUUUAUGAGUUACGUGGCACCAGUGAUGGCUAUAGUGACUGGUCUUCUUUCUCUCCUUCUGGAUCCAUGGAGUGAAUUUAGAGAAAACAUAUACUUUGAUAAUGGAGCGCAUUUUACUCGAACUUGUUUCUUGAUGCUUUUUGGUGGAGCAUUGGCUUUUUGCAUGGUUUUAACUGAGUAUAUUCUUGUUUCGGUUACUAGUGCUGUAACCGUCACAAUAGCGGGGGUCGUUAAAGAGGCGGUCACCAUAGUG